AUGUGGGAUGCAAAUGGAAAGAGGGAGAGGUCAACGAAUCCCAUGCCCUCCCACGGGCAUGUAGUGGCGGCCCCAGACGGUGGCUGGGGAUGGAUGGUCGUCCUGGCGGGCUUUGUGCAGACAGCCCUCGUCUUUGGGGUGAUCCGUUCUUUUGGGGUCUUCUUUGUGGAGUUUGUGGAAUAUUUCAGGGCGCCCUCCAGCACUGUCUCGUGGGUUGUGUCCCUGGGGGUUGCCGUCCUGCAGUUUGCAAGUCCAGUGGGGAGUGCUCUCAGUGCCCGCUAUGGGGCACGCCCAGUGGUCAUGGCUGGUGGGUUCCUCUCUGGGCUCGGGCUGCUGCUGGCUUCCUUCUCUACCCACCUCACUCACCUUUACCUGAGCAUCGGUCUGCUUGCAGGGUUCGGCUGGGCCCUCGUCUUCACUCCUUCCAUGGCCACCGUGUCCCGUUAUUUCGAGAAGCGACGGACGCUGGCCACAGGUUUGGCUGUUUCAGGCACCGGCAUCUCUUCCCUGGCCUUUUCCCCGCUCUUCCAGUACCUGGUGGACUCGUACGGCUGGCGAGGUGCGCUCAUGUUAGUGGCAGCCAUGUCUCUCAACCUGGUGGUAUCUGGGGCUCUACUGCAGCCCUUGGCCUUGGAAGGAGGAGACCCACUCCCCAAAGGGCAGGCCACGGCUGCAAAACGGCCAGCGACGCUCGCCACGUUCUUCAGUCUGGAGCUCUUCUCCCACACAGCCUUCAUGAGCUACACCUUGGCCUUUGUCCUGGUAGACACAGGCUACUUCGUCCCUUAUGCCCACCUGGUGGCCCGCGCAAGAGAGGUGGGGUGUGAUGAAUACCAGGCUGCCUUCAUUAUGUCUGUGGUCGCCGUCGCGGACCUGUGCGGCCGAAUCUUUGCCGGUUGGCUCGCCGAUUCCAGGAUCUGUGGCCGCCUCCUCCACCACUUGACGCUCUGGACGGUCUUAACUGGGGCGUCUCUUGCGCUGUUGCCCCUGGGGCCCGGUUACACCUCGCUCCUGGCUCUGGGCCUCUGCUAUGGGUUCUUUGCUGGGGCCUUGGUUCCUCUCCAGUUCACCAGCCUGGUGGAGAUUGUAGGCACCGGACGCCUGCUGGGGGCUAUCGGGCUCAUGCACAUGUUGGAGAGUGUCGGGGCAUUGCUGGGGAUCCCACUGUCAGGCUGGCUGAGGGAUCUCACAGGGAACUACUCAGUCUCCUUCAUCACGGCUGGAGCCUUCCUCUUGGCCAGUAGCUUAAUCCUGGCCACCCUUCCCCACUAUUUCUCCUGCUCCAGGUCGUCAGAAGCUGAGGAGGAUGGGACAAUGAGGCCUCAAGGCCAUGACAUCGUGACCAGACAGAGAACUUUUGCAGCUGGUAGUGAAGACGAGUCAGCCCACCCUGGGGCAGAAGGAAGCGAGAACAGCGGGAAGUUCUGGCCACUGGUGGAUUUAUUGUUUCUGCAGCCUCUCCUGAGGUACACGACUCUCUCUCUCUCUCGAAACAACAAGAAGGCAGCUGUGUUCGGGGCAGAGCAGAUAUGUGAACAGCCCCACAGGACGGUUGGUGGCCCACUACGCAGAGUGGGAUCUUUCUCUGAAACACCAUGA